CGCCGCCGGCCCCCGUCUUCCAGCUCCAGCACCUGCAGGCGGCGGCCGUGAGGCAGCGGGGCCUGCCCGCCGAGUAUGCCCUUCCCGCGCCCAUGGGCGACGCCGGCCAGUCCCACCACCACCACCACCACGGCUUCCAGCCGCAGCUCCUCUCCUUCGGGGGCGGCGGCGGCGCCCAGCACCACGUGCACCAGUUCGCGGCGCAGGCGCAGGCGCCCUCGGCGGCGUCCCACUCGCGGUCGCGGGGAGGAGCAGCAGCGGGCGGCGAGAUCGUGGCCGCGACGUCCGCAUCGCACUCGCGCGUGAGAGGCAGCGGCGGCGGCGAGAUCGUGGCGGUCCAGGGAGGGCACAUUGUGCGCUCCACGGGGCGCAAGGACCGGCACAGCAAGGUCUGCACGGCGCGCGGGCCGCGCGACCGCCGCGUGCGCCUCUCGGCGCACACCGCCAUCCAGUUCUACGACGUGCAGGACCGCCUGGGCUACGACCGCCCCAGCAAGGCCGUCGACUGGCUCAUCAAGAACGCCAAGGACGCCAUCGACAAGCUCGAGGUGCUGCCCGCGUGGCAGCCCACGGCCGCCGCCGCCAAUGCCAAUGCCGCCGCCGCGCCGCCGUCCUCCUCGACCCACCCCGACUCCGCCGACAACUCCGACGACAAGGCGCAGGCCAUCACCGUCGCGCACACGUCCUUCGACUUCCCCGGCGCCCGUGGAGCCAGCGGUGGCGGCGCCAGCGGCACAGGCUUCCUCCCGCCGUCGCUCGACUCCGACUCCAUCGCGGACACGAUCAAGUCCUUCUUUCCCAUGGCCGGCACGGCGGGCGGAGAGGCGUCCUCGUCCACGGCGGCGGCGCAGUCGUCGGCCAUGGGGGGCUUCCAGAGCUACACGCACGACCUCCUGUCGCGCACCGGCAGCCACAGCCAGGAGCUCCGGCUGUCGCUGCAGCCUCUCCCAGACCCCAUGUUCCACCAGCAGCAGGACCGGUCGCACGCCUACGGCGGCAAUGGCUCCGCGCAGCAGGCGCUCUUCCCUGGCUACUCGUUCGGCGGCGGCGCCAUGUGGGCCGCCGAGCAGGCGCAGGGCCAGCGCAUGCUGCCGUGGAACGUGCCCGACCCAGGCGGCGGGAGCACUACUGGCGGCUACCUGUUCAACGUGUCGCAGCAGGCGGCGCUUGCCGGCCAGAGCCAGUUCUUCUUCCAGAGGGGACCCCUUCAGUCCAGUAACCUGCCCUCCGACCGAGGAUGGCCGGAGACCGUCGAAGCCGACAACCCGAUGCAGCAGCAGCAGCACCAGCACCAAGGGGGGCUCAGCCCCGCCGUGUUCGCGCCCGGCAUCGGCUUCUCCGGUUUCCGCAUCCCCACCAGGAUACAGGGCGACGAGGAGCACAACGACGGCGGCAAUGGCGACAAGCCGCCGCCGCCGUCUGUGUCCUCGGCUUCUCACCACUGACAGCAGCAGUGGAGCACAGAUCGAUGACUCCACCACCAACCACCAUGAACAUUCAGCACUACGCCAUGUCGUACCAGUAACACCAGCCUCAGCUCCUCCACCUGCACCCUUCCAAAUUUCAGGUAGUUGAUAUGCAGCCGCUUCCUAUGAGAAUGGAUGGUUGCAACAAGGAGGAGCAAAGUUGGGAGCUACCACUCUUUUGGUCGGUCGGUCGAUCGGUUUUCUAGAUCUCUAUCUGCAGAUUGUGUCACUGGUUUUUGCUUCAAAGAACUCACUCGGAGCUUCUUAAUUAGAAUUAGGCUUGUGAGAGUGCAGCACAUUGGCUAGACCGAUGGCUUGUUUGUUGCACCACAGUAGGUUUAGUUGAUGUUCUUUCUAGUUGCUCUAGUUCAAGCUUUGUUUGCUUUCACUUUGUUCUUGUUGGUGACUCAUGGAUGAUUAGUGCGCUUCCUCCUGUGGUUCAGGAGCUAGCUACUACCAGUGCUAUCAGAUGUUGUUAACCAGAUAUGUGGAUGGGGACAGGAGUCUUUCGUUCUUUGUUUGCUUUGAUUGGCAUUUGAAACAGAUUGGGCCUGUCCUAA